CAAUAGAUACAGAAACAGAGCAACUUCAAUCAAACAUCCAAACGAACAUCUAUUAGUUUGAAAUAAUAAUCAAUUUAGAGUUGAAGGCGACAAUGACAAUGUUGAAGAAGAGUAAUAACAUUGCAGUACUUGUGGCAUUGAUGAUGAUCAUAUGGAUGGGAAAAUCCACAGCCUUUCGCUGUGGGAAGAUCGCGCAUAACAGCACCUGUCCUGAUGGAUUCUGCUGUAAUUUUUCAGGGUACUGUGGUAAAACUCUUGAGUUCUGUGGAAAGACCCAUUGCCAGAGCCAAUGUCAGCAUGAAGACAUGCCUCAGAUUCAAGCUAAACCAACUCCGAGCAUUCGAGCUUUCAGAACUCGUAAAAUUCCUACUCAGAAUGCUGCUGCUGCACGGAAUCCUUGAAUAAUAAGACUAAUAUUGAUGUAGUUACUGCUGCAUAUCAUGUCCGUAGAAAUAACUCAAUAAGCUACGGAGUACCAGUUUGUGUGUCUCGGUGACCAAGUUUUUAAGUUAUGGCCCUUUUGAUUUUGGAUUAUUAAUAAAUUUAGU